ACUGAAACUUUUUUUUUUUUUUAACUGUCCGCGAGACUGAUUCAAAUAAGACAUUUUUGACAACUUUAACACAACACAGCUACAACUGUAUUUUCCUUCCGUCUGUACGCAGCCGCGUUGGAGGUAUGGAGUUCGGAGAGGAGACAUCGCCCGCUUUGGUUUUCGACAAGGAUGCGUUCGAUCUCACUGUGGAAGAUGUGUACGAUAUUUCCUACGUGAUCGGCCGUGAUUUGUUGAAGAUCAGCGGCUCCGGAGAGGAGGUGUCGGACCUGCAGUUCCGGAUAGUGCGCGUCCUGGAGAUGUUUGAGACGCUGGUGAAUAAGUACAACUUGUCCCUGGAGGAGCUGCGAAUGGAGCGGGACAACCUGAAGGGAGAGCUGCAAAAAGUGCUGUCCGAGCAGGGCGCAUCCAGGGAGGGCACGACAGUGGGACCUAACCAGCUUGUGGUGGACCUGACAGACCCUAACAGACCACGCUUCACCAUGCAGGAGCUCAAGGAAGUUUUGCAGGAGAGGAACCAGCUCAAGGCUCAGCUCAUGGUGGCCCAGGAGGAGCUACAGCUGUACAAGAGUGGGAUUCUGCCUAACGCUGAAGCAGCCAUGGUGGAGGUGGAUUUGGACACUCCUCCUGCAUCUCAAGACAGCUUAGGCAACCUCACGGACGCCAAAGAGGAGAGGAGCACCAUCGGGAAAAUGUUCUCCUUCAGAAGGAAAUGAGGACAAGACUCACCAUUUUAGUACAACUGAUCACUACAACCAAGAUCUACGGACCAACUACUUUUCUAGUUAUACUUUUGUAAGGUAUUAUGUAUAUAUUGAUAAAGAGUAUUAACUGGAAAUGUUUGAAAAAUAUGUUUAUGUAAAUGCUUUUACUCACACCAGCUGCAGUCUUUAUGGCAUU